AAAUUGACCAAUCAGGAAUUAGUUAUCCGGCUUAGCGAUUGACCACCAUCAAGAAUGAUCAUUAAUAGAGCUUCACAAGCUACACAGAGGCAGAUAAGAACUAUUUCAACGAGUAGAGUGUGUAGAGGUUCUGAUAGCCAUUCUCAUGGAUACGACGAUGGAUCAAACGAAGUCUACGCACCAGCUAACUUAUUGAGCGCUGGUUGGUUGAAGCUUUUCGGUUUUGCUGGUCUCUCAGCUGUCGCAUUAUCUGCUUACAGUUCAACCCAAGAUGGUAAAGAACCAUUCCUUACACGUUAUUUGUCCUACAAUAAAUCAUCAACUGAGGAAUCAAAGACGAACUCAGAUAAAUUGUUAGCUUUAAAGAAGGAACUCGCGGAUGAAACUCUCUUAAUGUCAGAUGCACACCGUCCUACGCUCAUUAGACUUUCAAACCCUGGUACAUUCGAGCAAGCGUCACCCCACAAAAUAGCAGUUGGAUCACAAUCAGACCUCAGUGAUCUUAAAGUAAAAACCAACAAGGAAUAAACUUAGUGUACAAGAAGAAAACUUACAUAUAUCAACAAUAUAAAUUGAAA